GUUGGGUCUGUUAUGCUGAAAAAACACUUGGAUCUUAUAUUCUGCCCUAUAUUUCCUCUGUGAAGAGCCCCCAGCAAGCAAUCGGGGCUGCUAUCAAACAUCACAUUUGCCAAAAAAUGGGUUUCAAGCCGGACAAUGUCUACCAUGUGACUGUGAUGCCAUGUUAUGAUAAGAAGCUUGAAGCUGCUAGGGAUGAUUUUAUUUUUUCAGUGGAGCCUCAAGGAGAAGCUGGCCCUGAAGAUGCAGGCCUGAGGAUUACAGAGGUAGAUUCAGUUUUGACAACUGGAGAGGUUUUGGAUUUGAUGCAGUUAAAAUCUGUGGAUUUCAAGGCCUUAGAAGAGCUUCCUCUAGACAGAAUGCUGACAAAUGUUGACGAAGGAGGACAUAUUUAUGGGGCCAGUGGAAGCUCUGGUGGUUAUGCAGAAACAAUUUUUCGCCAUGCUGCUAAAGUUCUCUUUCAAAAAGAAAUUGAAGGUCCACUUGACUUCAAAACUGUGCGGAAUUCAGAUUUUCGGGAAGUGAGUCUUGAAGUGGAAGGGAAAACAGUGCUGAAAUUUGCACUUUGUUAUGGCUUCCGGAACCUGCAAAAUAUUGUGAGAAAAAUUAAAAUUGGGAAAUGUGAUUAUCACUUUUUGGAGGUCAUGGCAUGUCCUUCUGGUUGUUUGAAUGGUGGAGGUCAAAUCAAACCAAAGGCUGGCCAAUCUGCCAAGGAUUUAAUUCAAUCGUUAGAAACAGUAUAUAUGGAAGAUAUUUUGGUUGCCAAUCCUUUUGAGAAUCCCCUGAUAAAGAGCUUAUAUGAGGAGUGGCUAGGUGAACCUGGUUCAGAGAAAGCUAUACGGCAUAUUCACACGGUAUACCAUCCCCUGGUAAAAAGCAUUACUGCUGAACUGCACAACUGGUGAGAAAUUUUUUGUUGCCUCCAAAUUUCUUGUCCAACUUGGUGUUUUCACCACGUAGUCUUAGCCCGUGCAUUCCCUCGAAAGCUGUUCUUCGGUUGUACGGUGUGAUCCCUUACUAUGAUAUUUAUGCCUUCCCAUUGUGUGGAGGUGGAGUAUCCAGUUUUGAGAGAGGAAGAAGUGAUCGUGUGCAUGUGUGCUUGUACAUGUCUUUUCUGCUUCUCAUGUAUAUACCACGACCUAACAUUAUUAUUCUCUUUCCUUCUUUUUUAACCCUCUGUGAUCAAAUUUUUUUAGAUAUUAUACAGGGGAAGUGCAUGUAUACAUGGUGAAUAUAGAUUAUGCACAUCAACUGGGUGCAUAAGAUGUAAUUAUGUGCUUUAAGGAUGUAAUCAAUUCCUUUGCUAUGUUGCUUUCA